AUGGGCGGUGAAUACAAAGACGACCCAUCGUUCAAAGCUUGGGGCCCCUUCAUAUCGCCAAACUACAAGAACGAACCCAUUACACAGACGGACAUUAUCAUCGCAUCGACAGUAUGGGGGCUCACGUUACUCAACUGCAUUCUGGCGACCCAUCUCGCUAUCAAGCAGACCAAGGAAUCCAGAAGCCCUCUUCGUAGUGUGUAUAUUUGGAUGAUAUGGCUGGAGAUGGCGGUGUGUUUUGUCAUGGGACUGGAGUGUUUCCUGCAUCUCCUCAAAUACAUUAGCCCAAGCUUCGCCUUCUAUUUUACAAUUCUCUUCUGGUGGUGUAUUCAGGUUCAGCUACUGUUGCAAAUCAUCAUCAACCGUAUUCGCGUAAUCCUUCCCGAUCGACGACGGUCAAGGUGGAUUAUGAUUGUGACAGCUACGUUUGUCACUGCAAUCAAUAUUAGUGUGUUCAACAUUUGGAUACCUGCCCGAUUGCAGAUCAGUCCCGCCUACCACCUCAUCAACGAAUACUGGGAUCGUAUUGAGAAGGGUCUUUAUCUCCUCGUGGACGCUAUACUGAACUGGUACUUCUUGAGGACCGUCAAGGCCAAUCUCAUCAAAAACGGACUUACCAAAUACAAUGAUCUUGUAAAGUUCAACCAGAAAAUCGUGAUCCUCUCGCUAUGCAUGGACGUCAUGAUCAUCGCCGCCAUGUCAAUUCCCAACUCCUUUGUGUACAUCCAAUUCCACCCCCUUGCCUACAUGGUCAAGCUGAACAUCGAAAUGACAAUGGCCAACCUCAUCAAGCGCAUCGCCAUCUCGACAUCCCGCAAGACGGGCAAGGCAUCCAUUGCCCAGGAAUUCCGAUCGUCGUCUGAGUUCUCGACAACAACAGGGCACCAGAGUCACCACCACCACAGCCACCACAACCGCGAUACCCACAAGUCUCAACACGCUUCUGUCCACGAGCUCACGAGCUUCGCCAGCUACACAGGCGAUGUGAAAGCUGGCGAGCGCGAGCGCAUUGUCAGCUUUGAACCUCGGGGCAACCAGAUCAAGGAGACGCGCGAAAUCAUUAUCCGCAGUGAAGCGAACCCUUUCUACGAGAAUAAUGGACAGGAAGCCGAUAAAACCGUGGGCACGUAUCACAUGAGGAACACAUCGCAAGGCGGUGUACUGACUGAUGGGGCGCAGCUGGAUGGGCGCAGCAUGGAUAGCAUAGCUGAAGGCGACGAGAGCACCAAGAGCGUAAAGAGUGGGAAGAGCACAAAUAUGAGCAAGAAACCAGAAGACAGCGAUGAUGAAGCAGCUCUGGUUGGUAAUAAGACUUGGUGGCCUCGACGAGAUAGCUAG